UCCUCACUCUCUGUCUCAUUUCGAGACCUGCUUUUUCUGCUUUUGUAAUUGUAGCACAGAGAUAAAAAGGUUGAAUUUUGAACGAGGAAAGACCCAUCUCAGACAGACUCACCGAGCCCCUCCCCAUCUAUCUGCACCUCUGAUUCCAAAACUAAAAGAAACCAAGAACAGCCCAUGGAGGCUUCCUCGAUGCCCAUACUUCUUUUCCUUCUCAGUCUAGUCUUCCAAUCCUCCCAUGCCAAGACUAUUGCUGUAGAUGAAAUUGCAGAGUGGAGGAACCCCACAGUUCAUACAGGAGACUCUCUUGUUUUCAAAUAUGAACGACACCACGACGUCUACAUUUUCCACAGCAGAAGAGCUUUCAAGCUUUGCAACUUCGCUGAAGCCACACUUCUCAACCGAUCCAACUCUACCUCCUUCAUGUGGCGCCCAUCAGUCCCUGGCUAUGCCUACUUCUCUUUCAACAACGGCUCACUGAAAGCCUGUUCAGAGGCUGAGAAGCUCGCCAUAAGGGUAUUGCCAACUCCGCCUGGUAACUCGGCUCCGGCGCCGGAGUCUCCACCACUAGCAGCUCCGCCACCGACUUCUGGCGGGAUUGUCUCGUCCACUCCGGCGUACCAUUGGCCGUUCCAUUCUCAUCGAUCAAACUCACCAAGUCCGGCACCAACUGCAAGCCCUCCAGCGACAACGGUUCCAUCUAUGUUGCCAGAUACAGGCGGUAGCAUUCCUUUUAUUAAUAGUAAUCCUGCAGUCCCUCUUCCCACCGGUGAAACCGACUCCGCUACAAUACGUCCAGUGCCCACAUCCGGUCUCGGAGCACAGGUGGUGGAGAUGAUUGCAUUUCAACUUCCUAUCUGUUGUAUGGUUUGGCUUAUUAUGCUGUAAAAAAUGCUUGUUUGAUUAGUCUGAAGUUCGUUCCUUGUUAGUAAAACAUCUGGUAAACUGGGUUUUGCUUCAAGCAAAGUUUUCAAUUUUAUAUAUUAUAUGUAAAGUUUUGGGUGAGCUCUGGCGGAGAAGAUGAUUUUUCUUUCCCACAUUCUGUAUUGUAAUCAUGAGCAUCUUUCAUCUUCUUUUUCUUGGUCCAAUCCAAUCGGUUAUUCUUUUUCCUUUUCUCUUUUCUUUGUUGUGUGUGGAGAGGCCAGAGACCAUAUUGGUCUCUUAAGAAUCUAUUCUUUAGACUCUCAUCCUUUCUACUAUAUUUACUGGAGAAACCUUCAAUAAUCUUCAUCAUUACUGUUAA